AUGGCUCCAAUACGCUACAGUUUGCACUAUGAAGACUAUUCUGAGCACUUGAUGUCUAGAUUUGGAAAAUUAUUACAAAUGCAAUCAUUGGUGGACAUGACACUUAUGUGUAGUUCUCACACUUUGCGUGUUCAUAAAGCAGUACUUGCUGCGAGUAGUGCUUAUUUUCAAGAAGUUUUGCAAAAGCAAACUGGAGAGCCGUUAAUAAUUUUAAAAAUGAAAUUUAGCGUACUCAAAUGUCUCGUAGAGUUUAUGUAUUGCGGGAAAACGCAAUGCUUAGAAGAAAAUUUAGAUGAGCUAGUGUCAGCAGCGCAGUUUCUGAAGAUAAAAGGAUUGUCGAAAGUAACUAAAGAAGGUCUUGGUAUAGAUAAUCAGAGCGAGUUGCCAGUUUUUACUCCACCGGUAGUAAUAAACCGCCCGCCGCAGUCUCUAAUCGACUUACAUUCUCAGGAUAACGUGGACUCCAAAACACCGGCACAAAUUGCAAAUAUCAAUCAACCCUCAGAUACUCGAACGAACAAGGAUACAGUCGUACGCAUACCUUUUGACAUAGAAGGUGGAAGUACAGGCGUAGAUUAUUCGGAUCCUUCCCGUGGAAUACGUCCGCGUCGAGGAAGACCUAGCUUUAAGCGAUCGGACACUUGGGAAAGCGGCAACACAUUAGGGCGAGCAGCUGAGAGAGCUUUAUUACGCAGAGAGCAGGAUUCUCGUAAAGCUAUCCACCAUCUAAAGCAUUUACAAACGAAACACAUGCAGGAUUACAUGGAUAGGGUGACCUUAUCGGAAGCUGUUAGCAGUAUAUGCAACAAUGAUAGCUCAAGUAGCUAUCUCAAUAUGGACAACGAUCUCAUGUUCAUGGACCAAUAUAUCUCGUCAAAUCCCCUCGAUCCUAUCCCAUACUCUAAGGAUUCGCUUGGAAACGAUACUAUGACAUCAAAUUAUACAACUGCACCAAAUAAUACAACAACAGAAACUUCAAACAAUGAAAUAAACACAGCGAUGUCACAAUAUGUAAAUGCUCUGAAAAACGCUGGAUUACCAACAGAUUUGCCGAUUUUAUUUGAAUCUGGUGAUGGAUCAUAUAUAAACGUUAACGAACAAGUUCUUCUAGAUAUGGUUCAAAGUAACGAAAUACAAUAUGAGGUGAUUGAACAACCGAAUAUUAUUGAAAAAGUUGCGGAUCCAAGUGAAAUCAAGAGCAUAGACGAGCUCUCCAGAUCUAUAGAGAGAGGCGAAAUUCUCGGUUCAAAGAAUUACCCAUCCAAUAACACUUUUGACAAAACUAAUAAUAUUCACGAAGAAACUAUUAAUAGUCUGAAUGAAAUUUUACCAGACAAUUUAGAACCUUUUGAUACGCAACAAAACUAUGUGGUUUUAAAUAAUUCUCUACAAAAUACCACCAGUAAUGCACUUGAUCAAGAUGGUAAUCACGACUUUGCAAGUAUCGAAAGUGAUAUGCAAUUUUUCACAAAAUCUAUGAGCGAUGACGUCAAAAAAUAUUAUGAGGAACAACAACUAAGCGAGACUAGAACAUUAGACCAGUUUUGUCCGAGCACGUCUCUAGAUACCAGUUUCAACAUGUCUCUGCUCGAUACAAAGUCACAUUACAAUACAGACGACUUAAAAAGAAAUGAUACUUGUUACGAUUUUAGUCUACAGCUUCCUAACGCAAAUGAUUUUAAAGAAGGUACGUUGGACUGUUUAAUGUCAACGCCAAAACAUACGCAAAAUCAAGAUAAUUACAUGGAGCAGAAUAUAGAAAACGGACUUCAGGAACAAGAUGAGAUUAUGAAAGAUUUGAUGAACAUUGAAAAUAAGAUAAUGGAGAAUUGUGAUGGAGAUAUAAUUAAUGAGAAGAACAAGUCGAAAGACAUUGAUAUAGACACAUUAAAUUCUGAAUUAGCCGAAAUAGAAAAAGAUCAUAAUUCAAAUGGUAACUUUGAUACCGCUGAUUCGUCCAAUGAUUUACAGUGGGAUUUUGAUAAUAUACAACCUGCGUCUAAAAAUAUCGACAACUCAAAACCUGAUAUAGAAUUAAAUACGCCCAAAUCUAAACCAGCCAGAUCUAUGGUUAAUUUAAAUGAUUCGAUCAAUCUUGAUACUGAAAAAUGGGAUGCUCUGAAUGAAGAUUAUAUUAAUAACGAAAAUGAUAGUCCCGAUUCUCAAAACACUGUACGUUCUACAUUAGAUGAAAAUAUACCAUUUGCGGUCGGCUUACUUCCCUUGAAGCAAGUUCAAGCAGACGACAGUUUGAUAAAGAGGAAAAGUACUUACAACAUUAAUACAUUAAACGAAGUUGAUGCUAAAUAUUUGAAACGUAAAAAUAAAAGCAAAAAGGUGAAUGUUAAU